UCCUCGUUCUUUCCCCAUUUGCGUUUUCCCCCUUUUCGGGCAAGAACCAAACCGGUAAAUCUGCGUUCUGGCAGUACACCGAUUGGAUCCACAGUACAGUUCCUGUCCGGGGAUCUUCCUACUCUGCCCACAGUUUCUAGACUGGAAGCAGAGCAUUCCCCACCAAUGGUAAAGAAAACCGUCGACCACGCCCCUCAUUUUCCCCAUUGAUUUCUUCCUCCUCAGAGUCUCCAUCUCAGCACCCGCGAAGAAAGACCCUGCUCUGGUUCGGUCCCACCUCUUUGAACACGCCAUAACCAUCAUCCGACCAAUGCAAUUUGGCCAUCUGGGUGCUCGCUCGUCGACCCAGUUCCUCAAAUAUAACGACCCAUCAGAUCCCGACAUACCCAGUUCCCUUCUCUUUCGUGUGUUCUUGAUUCUCGGGUGGCGUGGCGGAGGGUCUUGAAGGGUUUAGGGGUGCCUCUGUUUUCUUGGAGAGUUUUGGCAUCUUGGUCGUGCGGAAGUGAUGGGGGAGGAGAUUGAGAAGAAGAAGAAGAAGAAGGCGACGAAGGGUCGGGGUAAUCGAUGGAGCAAUGGCGCAAUCGGUGCUCUCAUCGUCGUCUUGCUCGCCGUGGGAAUAAGUUGGGCGGCUGCUCCGAAGAUCAAUUUGUUUUCGCGCAUUAACAGCAAGCCUUGUCCUUGUGCCAAGGAUGAGCAUAAGUAUAAAGGGAUGGUGGAGGAUUGUUGUUGCGAAUAUGAGACUGUAGACCAUCUCAAUGAGGAAGUGUUGCAUCCCCUGCUCCAGGAUCUGGUCAAGACCCCAUUCUUUCGAUACUUCAAGGUCAAGUUGUGGUGUGACUGCCCCUUUUGGCCAGAUGAUGGCAUGUGUCGUUUGCGGGAUUGUAGUGUUUGUGAAUGCCCGGAGAGUGAAUUCCCAGAAUCAUUUAAACGUCCAUCCAAUCCUAUCCUUCCAUCUCAUGAUCUCAUGUGUCAAGAAGGAAAACCUGAAGCUGCUGUGGAUCGUACUUUGGAUAGAAAUGCUUUUAGAGGCUGGUCAGAAACAGACAAUCCAUGGACAAAUGAUGAUGAAACUGAUAAUGCUGAAAUGACGUAUGUGAAUCUCCAACUCAAUCCUGAACGCUACACUGGUUAUACCGGCCCAUCUGCCAGAAGAAUUUGGGAUGCUGUUUAUGCAGAAAACUGUCCCAAAUAUCCAUCUGAAGAGUUGUGCCAAGAGGAACGAAUAUUGUACAAGUUGAUAUCUGGUCUUCACUCUUCCAUUUCAGUUCACAUUGCUGCAGAUUUUCUUCUUGAUGAAACCAAAAACGUGUGGGGCCAAAAUCUCAAGUUGCUGCAUGAUCGUGUGUUGAGAUACCCAGAUCGUGUCAGAAACUUGUACUUCACUUUUCUCUUUGUUCUCCGUGCUGUCACAAAGGCGGCAGAUUAUUUGGAACAAGCGUCAUAUGAUACAGGCAAUCCUAAUGAGGAUUUGAAGACGCAUUCCUUGAUGAGACAGCUCCUGUAUAAUUCCAAACUUCAAGCUGCUUGCCCAAUCCCAUUUGAUGAAGCAAAGCUGUGGAAAGGCCAAAACGGACCUGAACUGAAGCAGAAAAUUCAGAACCAAUUCAGAAAUAUCAGUGCGCUCAUGGACUGUGUAGGAUGUGAAAAGUGUCGGUUGUGGGGAAAACUUCAAGUUCUUGGGCUUGGAACUGCAUUGAAGAUUCUUUUCUCUGUUGAUGGUCAGGAAAACUUGCGUCAGACGCUGGAGCUGCAACGGAAUGAAGUAAUUGCUUUGAUGAAUCUGCUCAACCGACUCUCCGAAUCUGUCAAAUUGGUUCACGGAACAGGAUCCUCGGCCGAAAAGAUUGGACUUACUUCUGAACAGAAAGCGGCAGGUUGCCCGUUCCACAAGAUGUGGGCAUCCUUGAAGAUAACCUAGUUAAUCACAUGUAGUCUAAGAACAUUUAGGUAAAUGGUACCAAAUAACAUAUGAAAUCUUGAGUUGUGCAACAGGAAAUUGACCCUUUGGGUUUCGAAGCCGGUGUCCCACAGAGAUACACUUCAUAGACAGAGAUUUGAAAUCAAUAGAAGGAACCAAGAAAGAGGGGAAGCUUGUAUUAGGUUUUGCUUUUGAGCUUAUGCAUCGAAUGAUGCAUGUAUAUGUGACGCUGUACGUUUUCGGUUCACUGGUGCAAGAAACUUCUCUUGGUUCUAUGGUCGCGUGACUGUAA